GUCGUUCUUGGACGCUCUCCAGCAGCCAAAGGCCCUACAAGAGGUGCGCCACGUGGACUUCAGCCAGCGGGAGCUCCGGCGAGAGGCACGAAGCCUGCCGAUCCUGAAGACCAAAUUCCACGACAGCCCGGAGCUCUACAAGCUGAAUGUCAUUGACAAGGCAGCUCAGGCGCGCUUCAGUCGCCGCACGGAGCACCGCACCAGCGACAUCACCAGGUCGCUUCGAGAGAAGCCCAUGUUCAACAGGCUGCACUGGCAUCAACCGGCCGAACUCCCCGUGAACCUGCCGCCCGUGGCGCAUGGGUGAGCCGGCGAACGGGGCGAUCCGGGCGAGCCGGGCGAGCCGCGCAGAGACUGGCAGAGAUGGUGAUGAAGACGAGGAUAGAAGACGAGGAUGAAAACAGCAACAUAGGUGUGAAUUUACAGCAUUAAGGCACAUUUUAUCCAGAGUUCCAGCUCUGGACUCUAGAUGCGGAGCUGAAGUAGCUUGACAUUUUCCAUGCCCAGCUGGCCAUAGGCCAAGCUGGGCCCUUGGACCCAGAGAUGCACGGACCGUGCCAUCAGCUGCCUAAGGCAGGCUGACUCGUUCAGGAAUCGGAGCAAAACAUGCAG